AUGUCAGAGAACGCGGUAAGGAGGAAGCUUGUUAUAAUAGGCGACGGUGCUUGUGGCAAAACGUCGCUUCUUCAUGUAUUUACGCUGGGCAAGUUCCCGCAAGAGUAUCAUCCAACAGUCUUUGAGAAUUAUGUGACGGAUUGUCGAGUGGAUGGGAUUAAAGUAACGUUGGCCUUAUGGGAUACAGCAGGACAGGAAGAAUACGAACGAUUGCGACCCUUCUCAUACUCCAAGGCUAACAUAGUUCUAAUAGGGUUUGCUAUAGAUGAUCUAGAGUCAUUGCGAAAUGCGCGUUCUAAGUGGACAGAGGAGGCCCUGCGCUAUUGUCCCGAUUCCCCAAUCAUACUGGUGGGGCUCAAGAGUGAUCUACGGAGAACGGAGAGAAAUUCUUCUGAUCGGCAGUUUGUCCGUCAGGAAGAAGCCGAGAAAGUGGCUCACGCGAUAGGAGCGAAACGAUACAUGGAAUGCAGCGCGCUCGAUGGCACCGGGGUGGAUGACGUUUUUGAAGUGGCUACAAGAACGAGCCUUUUGGUCAACAAAGAGCCUGGUGGAGGGUGUUGCACAGUAAUAUAA